AUGUGCAACGUCGAGGGGCCGCCGCUGAAGCGCCGCCGACCUGGCCCACUUCCCCCCACGGACCCUCUUCCCAUCUACCUCGACUACAACGCCACCACUCCGCUCGGCGAAGAGGCAUGGAAGGCGAUGGUCGCUGUGCGCCGUAUGUGGGGAAACCCGAGCUCGUCGCACCCGUACGGGCUGGCGGCGAAGUUUGCCCUUGAGGAGGCACGUCGCAAAAUGUGCGACGCCAUACAUGCCGAAGGCCCCGAUAGUAUUAUAUUCACAUCGGGUGGUACGGAAGCGAACAAUUUGGCUAUUGUAGGUGGGACAAUAGCGCUCUGUGAAAAGCACCCGGCGCGUCACCAUAUUAUCUGUACCGCUGUGGAGCAUCCAGCUGUUGAGGAGGUGUUCUCUUUCCUUCAGAAGCAGUCGAAGCCGGAACUGAUGACGCAUCGCUUCCCUGUGAAUGCGAAAAGCGGAUGCGUCGACGUCGAAGAAUGGCGCAAUCUUCUCUUGAAGCUUCCAGGGGGUCCGAGAAGUGUGGCGUUGGUUUCUGUCAUGCACGCGAACAACGAGGUUGGUUCCGUCAACCCUAUCGGUGAGCUCGUGACGAUGGUGAAGGACUUGUGUGGGGUGGAGGUACUUUUCCACACGGACGCUGCACAGUCGCCUGGGAAAGUGCCUGUCGAUUUGAGGGAGAUGAGAGUGGACUUGCUCUCCAUAUGUUCACAUAAGUUCUAUGGGCCAAAGGGAGUGGGUGCACUCUACGUGAGGCCGGGUGUCAAGCUGAAGAAUAUUCUAUUCGGUGCCGGUCACGAGCGCGGCAUCCGGCCUGGCACUGAGAAUGUGCUGCUGGCCACAGGUAUGGCGGAGGCUCUCUACGUUGCACUCCACAACUUACCAGAGAACUCAAAGAGGAUGCGAGACACACGUGAUGAGUUGCUGCAUGUCAUCAAGGAGGAAUUAGCGAAGGCUCAUAUGAGUUACGUUGUUAAUGGUGAUCUCGCAUGUGCCUUGCCCAAUACGCUCAACAUUGCGCUCUACAGGGAUGUUGGUUCCGGGUGUCGCAAGUACAUAUCGGCGCAGACACUAAUCCAUGCGGUGGGCGACAAAGUGUGCAUGUCCGCCGGCUCCGCAUGCCACGCAGAGACGGCAGAAAUUCACGUCUCGGCGGCGCUGAAGGGAGUCGGUGUUGACGUCGACCGCGCCGUCGGGACGCUUCGCCUCUCGACAGGGCGGGGGACGACGAUGGCGGAGGUGCGGCGGGCAGCACGCAUUAUUGUGCGACGUGCCGCGCAGCAGUUUAGUGACGUCUAG